CGCCAGGUAAACGCCAUACUUCUAGGAGCAUUUUUCGGGCGAGUUUACAAUUUGCAGAUAAAUUUGAAGAAAACGCGGAAAGAACGUGCAUUCGCGGCUUUAAAAACGAAUCGCCAUCGCGGGGGCUUUAUGUGAUUACCACGUGCAAUAUCAACUACACGUACAUCAAUCUGAAUUGCCUAAUUUCCAGAAAAAGCCAUGCACAUUUAGGGGCGAGAAAAAAUUGCCAAGUGUGGUGGAAAUCGUGUUCUACGCAUUGUACGCCGUAUCAGCUGAAGAAGAAACACGUAAAGACAAGGCGCGCAAACAAAACAAAGCGCUCAUAAACUAUGAGAUUAUAGAAUCCCUGGCCGGAUUCUGUUGAUUCUCCUGAAUCUACCAACUCCGACAGCAAUGGACAAGCGAUUUAAGAGGCCGCUAAACCAGAAGGCCAACUACUCGGAUCCACCCUACCACCAUAAUGCGUCGCGUGGCUACCAAAAACACUCUCAUCCACACGGGCAUCCACACUCCCAUCCACACUCUCAUCCGCACUUGCAUCCGCAUCCAAACAAAACAAGCUGGCGCAACCUGCAACAUGGUCACAGCUAUCAAAAGGGUGCCUCCGCCGUGGGACCCAAUAGCUACUAUAAGCCGCCUCCGCCACAGCAUGUUCAGGCCAGAAACUUGGGCGGGGGGGCUAUGGCGCCGCCGUCGUCGGGCGGAAAUACAAGCUCCGAUGUAGUCACCUUGAUUGUGGAGAACAAUAACCUCAAGCGGAUGAUUGUCCUUCACCUGAACCUGAUGCAGGAGCACACAGACGGCUUGGCGGCCAAAGAUAAGGAGAUAGAUGACCAGAACGCCAAGCUGGCAGUCAUUCUUUCACAGAAUCAGGAACUAAAACUGGCUAAUGCCAAGUUGGAGGCAACAGUCGAAGAUUUGCGUAGACAGCUUCGGAGAAAGAACAAGCGGCCGCAUGACGACGACGAUGAUGAUGAUCACUCACUGCCCCCAACUGCAUCACAGCGCCAGCAGAUUCUCUGCAAUGCGGGAACUCAAACUGAGGUGCAGGAGGUCUACAAUAGGAUACAUCCUGUUGAACCAUUCCCCGCGCAUCUAUCACAGGCGAAGAUUCAACCCAGGAUGCAGAUGCAAAAGGAGCAGCUACACGAAGAGCGGCUUUCCCACGUAAAACCGGGCCCCAAGGCUCCUUCCAUUGCGACAGCGGCCAGACCAUUGGAAAGCAAAGUUCGAGGAGAAUUUAAUGGCAAGAAAGUUAGCACCAUGAUCCUGAAUCGUGUGAAUCAAGACUCCAGUUUGACGUCUGCCGAGCAUCGAAUUCAGGAGGAAAAUGAUCCCAAAGAGGAGGAGGAAACGCUACAGCAAAAGUUGGAAGACAUCCGAUUACAGCUGGAGGAGGAAGAGGAGCAGCAGAAGCUUGUGGAAGAACAGCUGCACCAGGAUCACGAAGUGAUCUCACAAGAUGAUAUAAUCUACGAUGCUUUGGAGCCCAACGAAAUCGAAGUGGCAACGGAGACCAUUGUGGGUGUGGAGGAAGAAAUCAUUACAGAUGCCAACGGCCAUAUGGAUGAGGAGAAUGAGGAUGAUUCCGACGAGGACUCUUCGGACGAGGAGGACGACGGUGAAGAUAACGAAGAUGGUGAUACAGAUGAUUCUGAUGAGACAGAGGAGGAGGAGGAACCGCAAUUGGAAAAUAAUUUAGACGAUUUCUGGAACAAUCAGAUGAAUUCUAUGGAUGUGGAAGAGGCGGAAGAAAAGACGAUAGCACCGUCCGGUCAUUCCACACCUAAUCAUCAGCCGGCAUUGGCGGAGGAAGAGCUCGAAAGAAGUACGGGAUCGGAUAGGUGUCCAGAUCAGGAGGAGGAAGAACAAGUCGAUCAGGAAGGAGUUGUUGAACAAAUGGAGGUGGAUUCGAUCGAGGUUGUGACGGAAGAAGUUGUCAUUGAUAAUCAAACCACUAUGGAAAUCGAAGUUCACUCCGAGAAAAUGGUGUCGAUUAGUAGACAUCUUCAACUGCGCGAGCAUGUGACAUCUAAGGUUGAAAAGAACGAUAGCAAUAUACAUAAGGAUGGAAAGGAGCAUGCAAAGACAAUUGCAGAGGACAAACAGAGUCCAUUAAAAGAUGAAAAGAAAAUCCGGGAGAUAUCCACGGAUGAAAAACAGCAUCGGAGUCCCCUGAAAGUUGAAAAGAAAAUCAGGGAUAUAUCCUCGGAUGGGAAACAACCUGGAGGGACAAGAGAUAAAAUGGCGAUGCGGGAUUCAUCUAAGGAUGGAGACUUGAUUCGAAAGAUACCCAAUGAUGAAGGGCACGUUUUGGAGACAUCUGAGACAGAGAAGCACAUUAUUCCGAUGUCCACGCCUGAAUAUCAAAAUCGGGAUGAGAAACUGACUCAAUCGCGGGUAUCCAAAGAUCAAAAAUCCCAGCAUGGACCUCAGAGCAUUGAAGAGAAAAUGGACUUGAGCAAGGAACAGAAAAAGGAUACCGUAACCCCCAAGGAUUUGCCGAAGGCCAUAGCACCCAAGGCGGAGAUCCAUUCUAAUCCACCUUCUAGUGAAACAAACCUGCCCAAGGCAAACUCGGUUGCCGUGUCGCCCACACCCAAGGUCAUUGGAGCCUCUGUGCAACAGAGUGCUUCUCCAGCUAAAUCUUUGGCCAAUCACCAAACCAAUAAAGCUGCAAAAGCUGAACCAGUGAAAAAGCAACGCUUGCAGGUGAAAAUUCGACAGCACGACAUGUUCAAUGACAAGAAAAUAAGUUCAACCGCUUCAUCCACUUCAACACGAGAUCAGAAAAAGGAGAAGGAGCCCGAGAUAAAUGUCAAUUCCACGGUAAAGAAUUUGCGUGAUCUUGACAGCUCCCCGAUGCCCAAGUCGGAACCUGAGGAUGAUGAAACUCUGGAAGAACGAAUGCGUCGAAAGCUUCAAGAACACCUUCAGAAAGAACAGCGUCGCCAGAGCCAGCAGCCGCAAGUGCUUCUGAAAAAGCCCAGCAAAGAGAGUCCAACCACUCAUCUGAUUUAUCCACCCAUUGGACCCACAUCAGCAGCUGGUUCAGCGACUACUGUAACUCCCGCGACUACGCCAACUACGACGCCCUCCUCUACGCCAGUUUCCACGCCCCACCCUACUCCCGCUUCCUCGCAAGAAAGUUCAAGGAGCAGUACGAGAUCAAAGCAAGAUAAGAUAUCCCUGCCACUGACUCCACAAUCGAUGAGUAGUGUAAGCAGCAGCAGUAGUAGUUCCAUCACCAGGCCAACAAAAGUCGUAAACAAUUGUGCACCACACACUUACAGUAAAGCUCCAACGAGAUCGAAGAAGUCCAAGUCCCUAUAUCGCACUGCCACAUAUCCGUACACGACACGAUCGUGGGAGGAUCAAGAGUUCCAUUGCGAUAACGAGUUCUUCCUGGAGGAGGCAGACGAACUGCUGGCGGACAAUCCCAGCUUAGAAAUCCCCAAGUGGCGCGAUGAUCCCGUACCACCCAGCUCUGAUAAGAAGGGUAUUGAACCUUUGAGCGAUGCGGAUUUCAUUCGGCGACAUGAAAAGUGUGUUAAGGAUGAAAUUGAAAGGAAGCGACGUGAUGCACGGUGUCUUAGGGAUUUGAUAAGAAGCGAGGCACUUCGGAGUCGACGAAACCAGGACGAGGUUCUGGUAACUCUGGAUCCGCUGCCUACGUCCACAUUUUAUCCCCUUCCCGAGGAUAUCGAGGCAAUACAGUUUGUCUCCGAAGUGCCGGUCCAGGCCUUCGGUGAAAACAUGGUUAACGUAGAGGCGCGUGACGACUUUAGCUUACCCUGGCUGGAUGCGGUUCAAGCUCAGACCUCCAUUGGCAAGGCCAAGGCGCUGGCAGUUCCUGUAGCCACUUUGGCAAGCAAAAAACUACCUACCAAUCCAAAGGAGGCCAGGCACCAGGAGAUGAACUCCUCAUAUGUCUACCUUAAGAGGCGCAAGCGCCAGAGACGACGUUAGCCAGGAUCGAUAGUCAAAUCCAUUUCCAGGGGGAAAAGCUACGGGAGCUGAGACGGAGACCAUGCUGAUUAUUGUCUAUUACUUCUUUUACUUUAGUUCUCACUUAAGCAUGUGUUUUGCUUAGUUAUUUUGUAAGAUACAAGUUAAAAGUAACCAAUCCUAAAGUCCUGUAAUCCAGACCAGACGAUUUUUAUUGUACAUAGAGCGCCGCAAUUGUCAUUUAUUCAGUUUAGUAAUUAUUUCGAGUUAUUUUAUUCGACAACUGGAAUAUCUGUUAUUCAAUUGUGUAAAUUAAAUAUUUUAAAACUUUUUAUUUUUUUUAUGAAACUUCCUAGGUGUUAUUUUUUAUGUAAUUCAAAUCCUUUAUCGUCUUGUCUGGAAAUCUUUAGACUAAGUUACCAGCUUGCAAUCCGUUGAAAUUCUAAAGAGUUUCCUUCUAGCGUGUACGUAGUCUCACAAACGAUCUAUUCUCUACCUAGUACUAACAAGUCGCUAAGUUCAGAUAACACAUCUCAGCUUUAUCACAUACGAAGAGGAUACAAGUUCUAUGGGCUGUUUUUUUUUUGGCCAAAAAGAAAAUCUGAGACUUUCAAAAUUUACAACCUUUUUUUUUACUAGAUCGUACUGCAAUUUUUUUUUCUAUUUAUACCCUAUGUUAUGGAAGACGAUGAUCUCUAGGGCAGACCAGGGAGUGUGUUGCAAAGAGUUACUCAGGUAUAUCUCUGAUCAUUUUUUUUUCCAUGGUUUGAUUGUGUAUAAAUUGUGUGUGAGUUGUUUGGUUCUGCAUAGAGUCAUCGGUUUUAGGCUUAUGUAUUGUUUAAUUUUAUUAACUUUCUUUACUUGUUUCAUUUUGUACCAAAAACCCAAAAGUCGAUAAAACACAAACACAUGAUAUAAAAAAUAAAUAAACUUGAUUUCAAAGCCGUAAAACAUGUUUUACGUAUAAAUAUUUA